AUGGUCGCGUCGGCACCGAAGCCCCAUUCUGUGCCAAAAGUCAUCGUACCCAAGCAUAAUUCGGACACCCUCAAACCUGUUUUGCCAAAAAUAACUACCUUUAAUAAGCCUGCAGCGAUGGAUUUGAAUCUCCCUGCAAAGGAAGAUGAUCCUAAAGAAAAACCUGAUAUUAAGGCAUCUAAGGUGGUGCAAUUGAUACCAGGCCCCAAUAAUAUGAUGUAUUAUUUUAGAGGGAUUGAUGAUAUCAAAGUGGAUAGUGCUGAUAUUUCCUCUCCUAAAGCGGUUGCAAAACUACCUCAAGACCAAAAUGCACCGCCACCGCCACCACCGCCACCGCCACCACCGCCACAGGAACCGCCACCAGCGAAGGCUACUAUAAAAUACGUACCACCUGAAGUAAAGAAAGAUGAGGAGGUAGUUAAUGAAGAACCACCUGCAAGCCAAGAAAAACUAAAGGAAGAUGUCGAUAUCAGCAAAAAAACAGUAGAAGGUUCUAAAGAUGGUGCGAGUGCUUCUUUGGUAGAAGGAAAAAAUGAAGAGGCGCCACCUCCACCUCCACCGCCAGUUGUGGAAGAAGAAAAGCCGAAAGAGCCUGAAAUUUUUACAGUCGUAGAGCAAUCUCCUGAGUUUCCAGAGGGAGGCAUGGGCGGUUCAGAUGAAACUGGUUUCAAAUUAAAAGGGACAAAAGGCUGGUUCUGGGUAUGGCAAAAUGCCAUCGUUACGUACAUUGUGGCGGCUUGCACGCGCUCAAAAGAGGUUAUCAAGGAACAUUUUCCGGAAGUUACGCUUUCCAAAUGGCUCAAAAAAGAUGGUACAAUUGUUGCUCUGGACGAACCCAUCUGUGAGUUUGAGUCUGAUAAAGCCACACUUGAACUUCCUGCCGAGGCUGCUGGCAAGUUGAUAUGGGUAGCUAAAGAAGGUGAUGACCUAAAAAUUGGUGAUUUAGUAGCUCGCAUUGACACCAAUGUCAGUGCAGGUGAUAAUACACCUGUGGCAUCGACAUCUAAAAUAGAACCUGCACCUGUGGUUGUCUCAAAAUCUGAAAGCUAUGCAAAAGGAACACCAUCCCCUGCAGCUUCAAAAAUUAUGGCAGAAAAUAAAAUUACACCUGCCCAAGUAACUGCUACCGGUAAAGAUGGUCGGAUUACGAAAGAUGAUGCCAACAAAGCUGCUGAAGCCCAAAAAGUCGCACCUGCUGCCGAAGCAAAGCCUGCUACGCCUGCACCCAAAUCAGCACCAGUUGUAGUAGCUUCCAAUUUUAGCCGCACAGAGCGUCGUGAAAAAAUGAGCCGUAUGCGCCGUACCAUUGCAAAACGAUGUUUCGAUAGCAGUUUCUACGCCUGCUGGCUUGGUCGUGCCUCCAGUUCACAAUUGCGAAUCGCUUAA